AUGAAUAGACGAGAAUCCCUAGAUGCUCUCAAAGGAGCUACAUUACGUAUAUUAGUGCCAAGAAUGGAAGAGCCUUAUGUAAACUAUGCAAAUUUCACGGACGAAGAAGAAGAAAUACGUGGAUAUGGUCCUGGAGUAGUGAUGGAACUGCUCAAAGAUAUGGCAAGCGAACUUAACUUGACAUAUGAGGUACUAACAAAACUGGUUUAA